AUGUCAGCCCGGGUCUCGACAUCCUCUAACACCACAACUACCACAACUGGGUCGGUCUCUCAUCCGUCCAGCCGGCCGGUCUCUUCGAUCUGCGUCCCCAAGGGCAAGUGGUAUGACUGCCUGCGCCCGACCACCACGCCGUAUCAGGGGUUCGGCAGCACUGCGAACUUCGCCGUCAUGUCCAGCCAGCAAAACGAGGCUGAGGUGGGCGAGAGCUGGACCCGGGAUGUCUAUGCCAAGCUGAAAUAA